UUAUUUAUUUUAAAAAGAAGAAGAGGAUCCCCGUUGGGAGCGGGGAUCAUGGCUCUGAGCUCCAGGGCGCACGCUUUCUCCGUGGACGUUUUGGUGGGCAAUUCGGGCAAGCGCAAACUUCUGGAUCGGGAAGAAGUGGAGGGCUCGGCCAAGAAAGCGGCCGAGCGGGGACCCUUCCGGAAAAGCCAGGCGCCAGAAAAGAAACCCAAGGAAGACAUGACUGGAUCUCUCUCCGAGGAAACCAGAGAAGCGACCGGAACGAUCCAAGUGGACUUACAAGGUUCGGAGCUGUGGAAAAGAUUUCACGAAAUCGGCACGGAAAUGAUUAUUACUAAAGCCGGAAGGAGAAUGUUUCCGUCGGUCCGAGUGAAAGUGAAAGGCCUGGAUCCAAUGAAACAAUACUACGUCGCCAUAGACGUGGUGCCGGUCGAUUCCAAGCGAUACAGGUAUGUCUACCACAGCUCCCAAUGGAUGGUGGCUGGAAAUACAGACCAUUCCUGCAUCACUCCCAGGCUUUACAUCCACCCAGAUUCCCCUUGCUCUGGAGAGACCUGGAUGAGGCAGAUCAUCAGCUUUGAUCGUGUGAAACUGACCAACAAUGAGAUGGACGACAAAGGGCAUAUUAUUCUGCAGUCCAUGCACAAAUACAAACCAAGAGUCCAUGUCAUUGUCCAGGAUUCCCGAUUUGAUCUGUCCCAGAUCCAGUCUCUACCAGCAGCAGGGGUUCAGACCUUCUCAUUUAAAGAGACUGAAUUCACCACUGUCACAGCCUAUCAAAACCAGCAGAUAACAAAACUGAAGAUAGACCGGAAUCCAUUUGCUAAAGGAUUUAGAGACCCUGGAAGAAACAGAGGAGUAUUGGAUGGACUUCUGGAAUCAUAUCCAUGGAGACCCUCACUUACACUGGAUUUUAAGUCAUUUGGUGCAGAAAGUCAGGGUGGAAGUCCUGGCUCUUCCCCUGUGACACCAACUGGGGGGACCCUGUCUCCUCUCAGCUCCCUCCUGUCCCCUCCUUGCUCACCUCCAACACUCCACCUGUCAACAAACAACCUCGGAAUGUCGUGCCCAGAAUCUUACCUCCACCCCCUUGGUCUCCCCAUCUGCUACAAGAUUUGCCCUACCAGCUUUUUAAGACAGCCUGCGCUGAUGUUUCCAAGCCACCCCAAGCUGGGAAAUGCCGCCAGCCCUCCCCUUUUGCCUCACUUUAUGGUGGAGAUGCCCACACUGUCUUCCUUGAGCAUAACCAACGUCAAAAGUGGCAAAGCGGAAGACUUAAACGGACCAAGCCCCCCAGGGCCCAGUUCUGCUGCUCAUAUGCUAUAUGGCUUGCAUGCAUCUGGAAACAUUUUCCCAUCAAGUCCCAUUACCAGGGAAGCCCUUAAUUGUGCCUUACAUCCCCCAUAUGGUUUUUACGGUUAUAACUUUUCAAUGCCAUCCAGGUUGAUGAACGCAGCGGGACAUUUCAAAGGAAAUGAUGGCAUGCCAUCCCCUCUCCGAGAGAGCAGGUGCAACCACUCUCCCUGGCCUUCUGCUAUUAACCACUGCCUCUAAUGGGACUCUGAACAGCUUGAAAGCCAUGGCCUGGCCGACCCUCACACAACUUCCAGCUGGUGGAUUGUUGACUGUGGACUAUGGGGCACUUCAUAAUGUGGUGAACUGAGCAAAACAUUGGUGUCUUGAAAUUCUCCACGUUAUUCGCUAGCAGUGAAAGUGUGUGUGUAUGUAUGUGUGUGUUUUGGGGAGCAUUUUGCUGAAUAUUUUCUGGAAGGGCAAAAUUCUCCAAAGGUUUCUUGGGGAGGGAGACUCACCAAGAAUGAGACAGAGCGUCUGUGUUGAGCCCAGCCACCAUUUUGGAUCCUCCGCCGGGCCCCUGAUAUAGCAAUGCAGUGACAUUCCAGGACGAGGGGAGAUAGCUGCUGGGACAGGGAGAGGUGGAGAAUAUUUGACAAAAUGGCUUUCUCUUUUGUGGGGGGUAGCUUGGGAAAUAAAUCUCUCAGAGAAUUCCUCUGCUCACCUUCCCCCCCAAAAUAAGCAUUUUGAGACAUUUUGACCUAGCUCUGCCCAAGCUGCCAUACUGAUGAGAUGUCAAGGGCCCAUCUGUCCUUGUAAUAUCUACAUAGAAUAUGGAAGGCAUUGAAAUAGGAAACUUGUGUAUGUGUGUGUGUGUGUGAGAGAGAGAGAGAGAGAGAGAGAAAGAGAGAGAGAGAGAGAGCAGUUCUUUUACUCAGUCGUUUUAAGGGCCUGGGUAAAAAUUUAAGUUGGACCUUUUUAAUAUUUGCACUUUGCAGCAGAAUUUUAG